UUCUCUCUUUUUCUCCAACCAUCAUCUCCUCUUUCUCUCUCUCUCAACAAUAACAACAACAACAACAAUUGUUCAUUGACCAUGGACAACAACAAUGACUUCUGGAAAUUCAGUGACCAGUUGAGGCUUGAAUCUGGUUUGGCCAAUCUCUCUCUCAAUGAUUUUUCCAUUUGGAGCAACAGCUACAGCUCCAAGAGGCCUGAUCAGAGGAGGAACUUUGAUGUCAGUUCCACUGAUCUCAUCAACAACAACAACAACAACAACUCCUCAAAGUCUCAUGAUUUCAAUGAUGGCUGGAACAUAACCAAUUCCAAUGGAACCCUUUUCUCUGUCCCUCAAAACAACAACAAUCUUGGACUUGGAGGCUUCAACAAGGGAGGAAUCUAUUCAAACAACAACACCACCUCCUCUUAUCCUAACCUUAACAACAACACUCUUGGAGGCUUCAACAAGGGAAUCUAUUCCAACACGCCAUCCUCCCCUUAUCUUAAUCUUAACCUUAACAGCAACAACAACAACCACCAUCUCAACACCAAUCUCAAGGGCUACAAGACAUUCUUUAAGGCUGAAGAUCAGUUCCACACACCCAAAACUUCCAAGAAGAACAACAACAACACCACCAACAAAAAGCAUGGGGACAACAACACUAAUAACGAUGCCACCAAGACUGCUUCUGAGAAAAAAUUCAAAACACUGCCACCAGCAGAGUCUCUGCCUAAGAAUGAAACCAUUGGAGGUUACAUCUUUGUUUGCAACAACGAUACCAUGGCAGAGAAUCUCAAAAGACAGCUCUUUGGUCUGCCUCCACGAUAUAGAGAUUCAGUUAGAACAAUAACUCCAGGGUUGCCCCUUUUUCUUUAUAACUACUCCACUCACCAACUCCAUGGUAUCUUCGAGGCUGCAGGUUUUGGAGGAACCAAUAUUGAUCCAGUAGCUUGGGAGGACAAGAAGUGCCCUGGUGAAUCUCGUUUCCCCGCUCAGGUUCAAGUGAUUACUAGGAAAGUUUGUGAGCCACUGGAGGAGGAUUCCUUCAGACCAAUUCUUCAUCACUAUGAUGGUCCUAAGUUUCGUCUUGAGCUGAGUGUGCCUGAGGCACUGUCUCUCCUGGACAUAUUUGCAGAUCAGAACAGUUUCGAUGAUAUUUUCAAGGCCAUUCCUGCAUAGAGGAUGGACAAUACAGAUUAUAAACAUGAGAAGAUACUUUAAGACAAUGAAUUCAGCCACUAUAUAUUUAUUAUGUGUUAUACUUAGUAUAGGGGCUAUUUGUAUAGAGGCUGAUAUGCCUGCUUGCUGCCCAUUUUUGUUGUUAUGGGACUAUAUGAACAUCACAUAAAAACUACACAAUAAAAAUCAACUAACUUUCUUUGUGCUUAUCUUUAUGCAAA